AUGAGCGCCCCCAAGCCAAUCCUCAUCUCCGGCGGCGGCCUUGCCUCGCUCCUCCUCGCCCGUUCGCUGCACCGGUCCAAAAUCCCAUUCCUCGUCUUUGAACGCGACGCGUCCAUCAUUUUCAGAGCCCAAGGCUACCGCCUGCGACUUUCAGCCCAGGGGCUCGAUGCCAUUGAGGCAGUCCUCGGCCCCACGGGCUUUCAGAAGUUCUACGAUGCUUGUGGGAAAACAGGUGGGGCCGGCUUUGCAGCCAUCAACCCGCUGACGGGCGAGACAGUGGGUGGAGAUGCUCCGAGCGUACGGAGCGAGCCUUUGACAAGCAAGGACGGCAAGGUGGUGGGCAUCUCGCGCGGUGACAUGCGCAAGCUGUUCAUCGAAGGCCUAGAGGACAAGGUGCGCUGGAAUCACCACGCCACAGCAUACGAGAGGACGGACAAUGGUGUGCGAUUGAUUUUUGCCGAUGGCUCCAAGUCGGAAGAAGGGUCCAUGCUGGUUGGAGGCGAGGGCGUCAAGAGCGCAGUAGGCGCUCAGCUGUCCAACGGCGCCAUCAAAGUUUACGACCUUGGAUCGAGAGGAAUCCAUGGGCAAGCUCCGACAUCCGCUUUCAGGGCCCUGGGCGAAGGCGUCUUCCGAUUCGCCGACGACACGUCGCAACCAAACGGCGGCAGGGUCUUCGUCAUCACAAAUGUACGCGCUGGUGAUAUGGAUAACCCCGAUAUCGACUUUGGCUGGACCAUGAUUGGCUCGCCAGGUGUCAUCAAGGCACCUAAUGACAACUACACCAUUACCGGACAGCCUGUUGCAAGAAUUGCCAAAGCCCUUACUUCACACUACCACGAGCGUGUCAAACCACUGUUCGAAAACAUGAAAGAAUCUGAAGCGGCUUUCUGGAAGAUCACAUGCUCUGACCCAAGGGGUGUUCCGGAAUGGCCCAACGAUCCUCGAGUUACUCUUGUUGGCGACGCUGUCCAUGCCAUGACGCCGGCGGGCGGUAACGGUGCCAACACGGCUGUGCGUGAUUCAGCUUUGCUUGGUCGAUUGAUUGCCGAAGCUUGGGAAAGAGGCGAUGGCGAUAAAUGGACGGGUGUGACAGAGGCAUACGAGAAGGAAAUGCGCAUAUACGCAUCUGAGGCUGUUAAGGCUAGUUACGGGCAGGCUACAGGGAUGUUCGGUAUCGACCUUGACCUCGAGACGACACCCACGAUAAACGAAUACAUAGCGCCGAAUUAA